UGUAAGACAUUCGUCCACCUGACGAGCCUCAGCAUGACUUAUAAAUACUGAUACGUUCUCAUCAGCUCAGCUCACUCUUAGCAAGGACAACAUGGCUGUCAGCGACCCGCCUCUGCUCCAUCGUAGCGAAAGCCCCAGUGAAUCACUACGCGCCGAAGAGGAGGAUGCCCUAUUGACAGGACAACACAUCAACCGCACAUCUACUAGCAGAUGGCGGACCUGGCGAGAGAUUGGGCUCUUCACUUGGGCUACACUAGCAACUGCAGCACUCAUUAUCGUCGCAGUGAUCCUCCAAAAGCAACAAACGGAAGACGACAACAGACCAACACCAAGCGGGAAGAGAAAUCUCAUAUUCAUGGUUUCAGAUGGCAUGGGUCCUACAAGCUUGUCAUUGACUAGGAGUUAUAAUCAAUUCCAGUAUGCACUGCCGUGGGGCGAGCAGCUUACCAUUGAUAAGUACUUGAUUGGUCAAAGCAGGACUAGAAGUACAAGCAGUCUUGUCACGGACUCUGCAGCAGGCGCGACAGCAUUUUCGUGCGGUAUCAAGAGCUAUAACGGAGCGAUCAGUGUCCUAGAUGAUCAUUCUCCAUGUGGAACUGUUCUUGAGGCAGCUAAGAAAGCCGGCUAUAUGACUGGGUUGGUUGUGACUACAAGAAUCACCGACGCAACUCCGGCAUGCUUUGCAGCCCACGUCAACAUGCGUUCUGAGGAAGAUAGAAUUGCUGAGCAGCUUGUCGGUGAUUAUCCUUUGGGGAGGGUCGUGGAUCUCAUGCUAGGUGGUGGACGGUGUCACUUUCUGCCAAACACUACGGCUGGUUCAUGCAGAGCAGAUGAUAAGGACAUAAUUGCGCUGGCCAAGAAGAAUGGUUUUAACUACGCCAAAGACAGGAAGGACUUCGACAACUUGAAAUUGGGCAAGGCUCUUAAAUUUCCUAUGCUUGGCCUGUUCGCGGAGACCGAUAUUCCCUAUGAGAUCGAUCGUCGCAACGAACACGACAUCUAUCCUUCUCUUGAUGAGAUGGCGCGAACAGCCAUGGAAGCCCUCAGUGCAGCGACCAAAGACAGCGAAAAGGGCUUUUUCCUAAUGAUUGAAGGUAGUCGCAUCGACCAUGCUGGUCAUGCCAACGAUCCUGCCGCCCAAGUUCAUGAAGUUCUGGCUUACGACAAGGCAUUUGCCAGCGUCAUAGACUUCCUCGAGCAUGAUACUACAGAGGGGUUAAUGGUAUCUACUUCGGACCACGAAACAGGUGGAUUAGCAACGGCUCGCCAGCUUCAUUCAACAUAUCCAGAGUAUCUGUGGUUUCCUGGCGUGCUUGCAAAUGUAUCUGCAUCAGCAGAGCGAUUGUCUCAAAAUUAUUUCCGGAAGCUGCAGACUGAGCCCAAAGAAGUCACGUCCUGGGUCAAGAACGCUGUUUCGGAACAGCUUGGGAUUCAUGAUGCAACGGAUGAAGAGAUCGCGUUGAUUGUAGAUCAUCCAGAAACAGCACCCUACACUUUCGCCGACAUGGUCAGUCGACGAGCACAAACUGGUUGGAGCACUCAUGGCCAUUCUGCUGCCGAUGUCAACAUCUACACAUCUUCACCGAAAGUAGCGGCCGCACUACGUGGCAAUCAUGAAAACACAGAAGUUGGCAAAUUCCUUCGGGACUAUCUGAAUGUUAAUGUGGAUGAAAUAACUCAAGAAUUGAAGGAGAAGGGUACAUUAUUUGACACGGUGAACGCUCAGGGCGAGACGAUCAGUUGGAUGGGUAAAAUACCACAUCAAGGUGAGCGUCUAGACGGCCAAGAUCAUGUAGAUCACUACCAAGGUGACUUCAAGAAACAUAAGAGGUGCGAAAUCUGCGGUCUGUAAUAUAUCUGAGGCAUAACAAACGUUCCAUUCAAGGGUUAUGCCAUGGCAGGCGUUUGUGGAAUAUGUUAGAAGGAAUGAAAGUGAAGAAUUUGUCCUAAUGGCCAAUAUCUUAUUUCCUCGGCUGUCGUUCGUGCUCCACGAAAUCUCGG